AUGUACAACACUGAUGAUAAUAGAUACACCGACCGAUAUUGUCUCAUGUACCACGUCGAGCGCAUUCAGGCAAAGCAGAUCAUCGCAUUUUGUUUACGAACAAAUUCAUCGUUGAAACUGUCUCCUUACAACAAUACAAUCGAUCACAGCUACACGUUCGCCCAAUUACGACAGAAUAACAUCAGUAGUGAAAUGUUACUCUCGUGGUCAGCCACGAUUGAUCUCGCCGAACGAUACGACAUGUUUUUGAACAAGAUUUCUUCUCCAUCGAAAGAGGAGCCUUUAUUUUAUAACUGUUCGAAAGGCUGGUUCGGAUCUUCAUGUCGAUUUUCAUUCGAUCUCGAUGGGGAUCUUUCGUGGGGGCACCUCAUCUUAUUGAACAGCGGACGAGCGACAAUCAAGGAUCUAGACGAACCUACAUUUACAUGUUACACACAUUUGCAAUGCAAGACUUCGUGGCUUUGCCUCGAUUGGCGAAAUAUCUGCGAUCGGGCGAUGGAUUGUGACGAUGGAUCGGAUGAAAUUCACUGCUGGCAACUGGAAAUGAAUGAAUGUGAAGAGAAUGAGUACCGAUGUCACAACGGACAAUGCAUUCCCGAAGAAUUUUUCAACGACGAUGCAAGUGAUCCCGACUGUGCAGAUACAACCGAUGAGCCCAAAUUUACGUCUGGUAUUUGCGAUGUGUAUCUCCAUUUCGGUUGCGAAGAAACGUCAUGUAUACCGGGAUCGAUGAUGUUUUUCCCAUGUGGUGACGGGCAGUGCGCCCACAAUGUGCUUCAAUGCGCAAAUGGCCGAGAUUACCCCAGGUUGAACGAUCUCUGUUCGAUCUAUAUCAUAUGCUCGUGGAAUCUCGACGAAGAUGCGAAUAACACUCGGUGUUUAUAUGCUGGUGUGGAUUUCACGCAUCUCACCAAUGAUGAUUGUCCACCAUUGUACAGUUUUCUCGAUCGACCUAUUCUAUUUCAACAUGUUUAUAUCAUGUUAGCAAACAGCGGUGAACGCGGUACAAGACCCCGACUGGAGCUGAUUUGUUACGACGAGAGACUUUGCGGACAUUUUCAGUUACCGAUCGAACGCUUCAACGGUUCGACUUGUCUACGUGUAGAACAGUUACGCAUCGACCCCAAUCGAUUAGAUCUGGCAUUGCCAAGCCUUCGGAGAUUCUUCAGCGAAUGCGCAGUGAUGCCCAACGAAAGCUCGAUGUGCAAUGAAACGGCGAUGUAUCGAUGUUUGAAUUCCACGAAAUGCAUUUCAAAGCAUCGUCUUGUCGAUGGAAUUUGCGAUUGUCCGGGAAAUGACGAUGAAAUGUAUGAACACAGUUGUUCCCUCAACGAUGCUCGACAUCGUUUCUCGUGCGUGGACAACAAUAAAACGAAGUGCCACGUCCCAUUCGAUCCUACCGAUGUCGAUUUCGGUGUCGAUAGAACCUGUAAGCGUAAGAUGUCCGAGUAUUACGAACCGCCCACAGAAGUGACACAAGAUCAGCUCACUUUUCAAAUAAUGUGCGAUGGAACUCCAGAGUUGAAUCCAAUUGUUGUCGAUGGACGUGAAGAAACUGAUGAGACAGGAUGCGAAUUCUGGCCAUGUAACAACGUCUACACCCGAUGCGAUGGCUGGUGGAUGUGUGCGAAUGGUGCCGAUGAGGUGAACUGUCCCGAUUCCAUCUGUCCUGGUUUGCAACACGCGUGUGUCUUUCCCAAUAACACCACUCGAAUCGGAUGUUUACCGCUAAGUCGAGCGGGUGAUGGAACGGUUGAUUGUCUCGGCGGAUCAGACGAGCAAAAAGAUUGUUUUACGAGCGACGGUUGGUCGCAUGCUUACAGAUUCGAUUUUCGUUGUCUGAACAGCACCGAGUGUAUUGAUGCGAUACACUUCUGUAAUACGGCCAGAAAAUGUCCACUUGGUGAUGACGAGAACUUUUGUGCUUCGACUGUCCCGGGUGUCGAUUAUUCUUCUACGUUGUGUAAGUUAGAUGCAAGCAAGCGCAACGACGUAGAAAAUUUUUUUUGCGCGUGGACUCGAACACGUCCACGUAUACCACAAUUCAAUUUCCGAUUGGAGAACGCGACGACGCACAGAUUGUCGUUGACCAAUUUCGAAGUCCCAUCUGCACCACGAAACGAAGAAUUCUCGUUGAGUACGAAAAUCGUCAAGCAUCGUCAUUGUCAUCGUGGACUUCGCAUUCGCAUCCGCAUGGACAACGGUUCGGAUGACGACGCCUGUUUGUGUUCACCGAGUUACUACGGAGAUCGAUGUCAGUAUCAAAACCAACGUGUCAGUCUGACUAUUCAAAUACGCGUCGCAUCGGACUGGCAAAGUGUGUUCACAUUCACCGUCAAACUGAUCGAUGAUAAUGAUGGAACGAUCGAAUCACAUGACUUCAUCGAUUACCUCCCUAUUCGAGAUUGUAAUGAUAAGGUCAAUUUAAAUCUUCUCUUUGCCAGUCGACCGAAGUCUUCGCUGAAGAAUUAUUCUGUACGAAUCGAUGGGUUCAACAGGAUGACGAUGACUCACCGAGCCAGUUGGAUUUUUCCACUUCGAUUCGCUUUUCUCCCGGUAUAUCGCCUAGCCGCUCUACUCAAAGUUCCUGUCAUCCAAAUCUUUGCUCUUCAGCCGUGUGAACCUUCAUGUGAACAUGGUCAGUGUCUCAUCUAUGCGAACUCACCCAGUGUUUCGUUUUGUCAAUGUCAUCCGGGCUGGUCAGGAGUGCGAUGCGACACGAAAUCACAAUGUGAUUGUGCAUCGGACUCGUUGUGUGUCGGUGAUUCGAUCUGUGUGUGUCCACCAAAUCGAUUUGGUCCACAUUGUUUCCUCACGCAAUCGUUGUGUGAAACGAGAUCGUGUCGAAACGGUGGUCAAUGCGUCUUAAACGAUGUGCGCUACCGACGGGACAGCAAGAAAGUCACAUGUGUUUGUCCAGAUGGAUUCUUUGGGGAGUUCUGCGAACAUCAACAAAUGCGUCUUGACGUGUCAUUUCACCGGAAGAUCGCCAUUCCGUCGUCGUUGUUUGUUCAUUUCAUCAACGUGCGAGACGAACUCGAUAAACAGCGAACGACAACGCUAAGAAAAGUUCCAUUUGACUCCGACAUGGUGGCGGUGUAUAACUCAGAAAUGUUUUAUCUCGCCAUUGCCCAACUAUCGCAGCAAUAUUACCUUCUACUUCUCCAAAGUGAUCCUGCACCUUUCGUACAUCGAUCGGUUAUGAUUCUGCCUGACCUUCGUUGUCCACCGAUCGACGAAUUGUUCAACACGACCAUUGUCAAUCAACACAUCAUCAAGCGUAUCAAACUCUAUCAUCUGCCAUGUCUGCAACAGUCCGCGUUGCACUGCUUUCAUGACUCCGAACAUUUCUGCAUCUGUGAGCCUUCGGGACGAGCGAACUGCAUCAAGUUCGAUUACAACAUGACGUACGAUUGCCGUGGACAUUCGCCGUGUGAAAAUGCCGGUCAAUGCCUACAAAAUGGUCCACUCUGUCCAAUGUCGUCGUUCUGCGUCUGUCAAGAUUGUUACGUCGGUUCGCGAUGUCACCUUCCCACUCACGGAUUUUCGCUUUCCUUGGACCUCAUAUUUGGCUAUCAAAUUCGACCGCACGUCAAACUCGACAAUCAAAAGUAUAUUGUCAAACUGACCAUCGUCCUGACUACGUUGAUGUUCGCCGUGGGAUUCCUCAGCAGUGUGUUUUCGAUGAUCACCGUCCGCACGAAGACCGCGUCCAGCACCGGCUGUGGUCUGUAUCUUUUUGCUUCAUCAGUGAUUUCACUCAUCAUGAUCAACGUCCUAAUCAUCAAGUUCGCCAUACUGAUCGCCUCACAGAUCGGCACUCUUCGUAACCGUACUAGUCUCAGUGGUCAGUGUCGCUGUCUAGACUUUCUUCUUCGUGUUCUGCUCAGCUGUAGCGACUGGCUCAGUGCUUGUGUGGCGAUCGAACGAGCAGUGACGAUUGUUCAAGGAGUAGCAUUCGACAAAGCCAAGAGUAAACGUACCGCGAAAUGGGUCAUUCUACUCGUCAUGCUCUUCACCGUCGGUACACACAUCCAUGAUCCUUUGCAUCGCGGUCUGGUCGACGAUGAAGAAGAGUCGCGCACGUUCUGCAUCGCACAGUACACACCAUCCAUCCAAGUGUUCGAUCGAGUAGUCAAUGCCUUGCAUUUCUUCGUUCCUCUCGCGGUCAAUUGCUUUUGCGCGUUGAUCGUCAUCAUCGCUGCCGCUCGUCGUCGAUCAAAAGUCGAUAAAAAGCAAUCAAACAAAGAGAUUCUACGCGAACAGAUUAAACAACACAAGCAUCUGCUCAUUUCACCAACCAUCUUGGCGAUCUUAGCCGUGCCUCGUCUGAUCAUCUCAUUCCUAUCCGAAUGCAUGAAAUCGCCACGCAAUGCGCGUCUCUAUGUGAUUGGCUACUUCAUCUCCUUUGCGCCGCCCAUGUCGAUUUUCGUUGUCUUCAUCGUUCCUUCACAAUCGUACAUGAAUGACUUCAUCGAGGCCAUUCAGCGCUGGCGAACAAGAAUCGCACGCACAUCAGUGUUCGCCGCCUUCAUGAGAGCAAAGUGA